CACCUCCAAAACCCAACAUAUUGGCAGAAAACAGUAGAAAAAAGAACCCUUCCCCGUCUCUAACGGUGCUCCUUUUUCCUGUCAGCUCACAUUCUCAGUACCCUCUGAUAUUUUUUUUAACAUAAGACACAAAAAGAUAGAUUUUUUUAAAUUUUUUUUGAGUUUUUACACAUACCUAUGUAAUAAAUGAAGUAUUUUGUAAGAUGGGUAGUGUGAAAAAAGUGAACUUCUCAAAGUUUUUUGUGUAUAAAUUUUUUUGAGUUAUUGAGUAAAGUUUGAGUCUUGGUAAAAAAAAAAUCAAGAAAAGAGAAAUAUAUAAGGAAACAAACAGCUUCAUUGUCAUCUCAAUAACACACUGAACCCUUUUUAGUUAUUCUUGAAAAAGGUAAAUCCAUUUUCCCAUUUCAUUCCUUUCUUUCAUUUUCUCAUCAAUCAAAUCUUUACUCUUUUGUCUCUUCCUUUUGUUCAAACUUGGGUGUUGGGUCUCUCUCUAGUUGCUAAUAUUCAACUUAUUUGCCUCUAUGUGACUUCUUGAUCCAUGUACAAGUUCAAGAAGAUAUUGGUUGUGGAUGCCACUUAGGUUUUUAUUUUAUUGGGGUUAAGAUUGGUUUAUAAAAAAAUGGUCUUUUGUGUUGAUUGAAGGGGAAAAGAUUGAAUCUUUGGACAUAUUGUGGUGAUUGAAGUGAAAAAAGAUUGAAUCUUUGGACACCAUCAUUGCUAACUUUUCUUCAAAGGUUUAUCUGUUUUCCUGGAAUGCAUGAAAUUUUCUUGUGAAUGGGAGUGAGUAGUUUUAACUAUGGAUCUCCGGGAAGAAAGCUCUAGAUUUGGAUCGUUACCAAGCACAACGUCAAGAAACCUUUCGUCUUCAUCGUCGACUUUCUUUUCUGCGAAUCAGUCGCCAUUCUUCUCUCCUAGAUCACCUAAGUCCCUGGUAUCAGCAUGCUCGGAUAAUCAAUUUCGUGAUAGUGAUGUUACCUCUGCUGCUUUAGAUGCUAGUUUGGGCAUUUUAGGUCCAGAAUCAUUUGCAAAUGCUAGAUUGUCAGAUGCUUAUCCUGUUGCAUUAGCUAGUGCCUCGAAUGAUCUCCAGAAGUUGGAUUUUGUAGCUUCUUCGACGUCAAAUUCUAAGAGCACUAUAGCGAGUUAUAAUGUUGGCCCUGAACAUGAAUAUUUGCGACCUAGAGGCAAGCAGAAAAAGAGUGGGAGGACACAGGAAUCUUGUGUUACUCCAACAUCGACUUCCUCCCUAUCCAACAGAGUGAGGAGCUGUGAUGUGUACAUUGGUUUUCAUGGCCGCAAACCUUUACUGCUCAGAUUCAUGAAUUGGCUCCGUGCGGAGCUAGAAAUCCAAGGUCUAAGUUGCUUUGUUACUGACAGAUCAAGGUGCCGAAAUACUAGAAAGCAUGGCAUGGUAGAGAGAGUAAUGGAUGCUUGUACAUUCGGAGUUGUGAUCUUAACCAAGAAAUCAUUCAGGAAUCCAUAUACCAUAGAGGAGCUGCGCUUCUUUGCUAGCAAAAAGAAUUUGGUACCAGUGUACUUCGAUCUGCGUCCAGAGGAUUGCCUUGUGCGAGAUAUAAUUGAGAGAAGAGGAGAGCACUGGGAAAAACAUGGUGGUGAACUUUGGCUACUUUAUGGGGGAUUGGAGAAGGAGUGGAGAGAUGCCGUCAAUGGUCUUUUGCGUGUUGAUGAGUGGAAGCUAGAGGCUCAUGAUGGCAAGUGGAGGGAAUGCAUAUUGAGGGCUGUAACGCUGCUGGCCUUAAGAUUAGGGAGGCGAAGUGUUGUGGACAGACUAUCCAAGUGGAGGGAGAAGGCAGAAAAGGAGGAGUUUCCUUUCCCUCGAAAUGAGAAUUUUGUCGGCAGAAAGAAGGAGCUAUCCGAGCUUGAGUUUCGGCUUUUUGGUGAUGUUAGUGGGGACGCAGAGAAAGACUAUAUUGAACUAAAGGCUAGACCCAAGCGAAGGAAUUUGACAAUUAGUUGGAGUCGAAGUAAUUCAAUCAACGAAAGACGGUUUGAGCGUCCUAGUGACAACAAAAGGAAAGGGAAAGAGCCAGUGACAUGGAAGGAAUCUGAGAAAGAAAUUGAAAUGUUAAAUGCUGAAGUUUCUCAUACCCAACAGCAUGCACCAAAGCCGAGGAACUCUAAGAAACAUGGAAGGCGAAACAACUCCAUGAAAGUUGUCUAUGGAAAGGGCAUUGCUUGUGUGUCUGGGGAACCAGGAAUUGGCAAGACAGAUCUACUGCUUGAGUAUGCUUAUCAAUUCCAUCAGCGCUACAAAAUGGUCCUUUGGAUUGGAGGUGAAAGCAGAUAUAUUCGUCAAAACUACUUGAACUUGUGGUCGUUUUUAGAAGUUGAUGUUGGGGUAGAAAACUCACCUGAUAAAAGCAGGAUAAAGAGCUUUGAGGAGCAAGAAGAGGCUGCUGUAGCUAGGGUUAGGAAAGAACUCAUGCGAGACAUUCCAUUCUUGCUGAUAAUUGAUAACUUGGAGAGUGAAAAGGACUGGUGGGAUCAUAAACUAAUAAUGGAUUUGCUUCCCCGUUUUGGGGGUGAAACACAUGUUCUCAUAUCCACGCGCCUCUCUCGGAUUAUGAACAUGGAUCCUAUCAAACUCAAUUAUCUGUCAGAGAUUGAGGCAAUGUCUUUGAUGCAGGGUGCUGUGAAAGAUUACCCGAUUGCUGAAAUUGAUGCCUUGCGAGUUAUUGAGGACAAACUUAAGAGACUGACACUUGGCCUUGCCAUUGUUGGAGCAAUUCUUUCUGAACUUCCUAUAAAUCCUAGUAGACUAUUGGAUACCAUCAAUCGUAUGCCAUUGAAGGAAAUAAUCUAUAUUCGUCGGGAAAACCAUCCACUGAGGCGAAACAAUUUCCUUUUGCAACUUUUUGAAGUUUGUUUCUCAAUAUUUGACCAUGCUGAUGGACCUAGAAGUCUAGCAACAAGAAUGGCCCUUGCAAGCGGUUGGUUUGCUCCAUCACCUAUUCCAGUUUCUCUAUUAACUCUGGCUGCUCACAAGAUACCAGAGAAAUACCCACGUCGGAGGAUGUUGAAGAAAGUUUUAUGCUCUUUAACUUGUGGUUUCACAUCAUCAUAUGCUAGGAAAUCUGAGGCAGAAGCCUCUUCUCUUUUGUUGAGAUUCAACAUUGCAAGGACUUGUAGAAAGGAAGGCUACAUUCAGUUCCACCAGCUUAUCAAAAUGUAUGCUCGAAAAAGAGGGGUCACUGGAGUUGCACAAGCCACAGUACAAGCUGUUAUUACUCGCGGUUUAAUACCCCAGCACUCUGAGCACAUAUGGGCAGCAUGCUUUUUGCUCUUCGGAUUUGGGAGUGACCCCAUGAUAGUUGAGCUUAAAGUUUCCGAAUUGUUGUUUCUCGUGAAAGAAGUGAUUCUACCACUUGCCAUUAGAACAUUUAUUACAUUCUCACGCUGUGCUGCUGCUUUAGAACUUCUACGGCGUUGUACAGAUGCAUUAGAAGCAGCAGAUCAGGCAUUUGUCACACCUGUUGACAAGUGGUUGGAUAAAUCACUUUGUUGGAGACCUAUCCAGACAAGUGCCCAAUUAAACCCUUGCCUUUGGCAGGAACUUGCUUUAUCAAGAGCUACAGUGCUCGAAAUCAGGGCAAAGCUAAUGUUGAGGGGUGGACAGUUUGAUAUUGGUGAUGAUUUAAUCCGGAAGGCUAUUUUCAUUAGAACUUCAAUCUGCGGCGAGGACCAUCCAGAAACCAUAUCUGCUCAUGAAACGCUCAGUAAACUUACAAGACUCCUUGCUAGUGUUCAAAAUCAUACAUCAAAUAGAAGUUAAUUGUUGUAGUUUAGCUAGAUUUAUAGAAAGUAAUUGGAAUAAGCUGGUUUAACAGUUCAAAUGAUAGCAUUUUUUUUUUCAUAUUAAUGAGCCAUACAUCUUAUUCAAAUUCUUUCCAUUUCUUUUUGAUAUGCUAAUUUCAUUUCUAA